UUGGCCGCUGUACACAGCGCUUGAGCCACCUUGAAUGGGAAACAGGGGUAACUAGGCAACUUCAACGGCGGUAAAAAAAAAAUUCAAGAAAAGAAGACUAGGUCCAUGAAGCGCAGAAAUUGUAAAAUUGUCGAAAAAUUACAGGCGACCCAAAGUGAUUUUAUACCGUGCGUGGCUGGCAAAUGGAAUUACCAAUGGAUUGUUUUUUUCAGAGAGGAAAGCAGAGCGCGUAAAUGAACGGCAACCUGAUUUGGAUUAAAACGGUUAAACGGGACAUUUCAGAAUUGCCGACAUAUGAAAGGUGCUAAAUGAGGGAGAGAGCGAUGGACAGGAGGACAGUCUGUGAAGUAUCCUACCAUGAAGGAGUAGCCAUGCCAUACCUGGACUAAAGAACAGUACGGGACAACAACCUGUGUUCCCUUUGAGGAACAUUCACCAGUUACUAGUUGGAUCUGCACUAACAAGCACCAUGUCAUUUUUGACAUGGAACAUGUAGCCACUAUGUUAGAACUCAUGUAAAUCAGCUCUGUCAGAAGAUAUGAUGGGCCUUCAUUAAAAGAGAUCAGAACUCAUGUUGUGCUUUCUUCACUGAAGAGGAAUACCACCAGGCUUCACCAUGGACUUAGAGGAGAGCUCUGUCCUAGACCAGGAGAAUAGGGCAUUGUAGGCUCCGUCUCAGGCCUGGAGUAGGGGUAGUGGGUAGGGGACCAGUCCCUAGGAGGUUGCUAGCAGAGGAGUGAUAACCCCAUGGUGGAUCUGCUGUGAGGAGGACUGAGGACAGGAAGGACCCGGGAGGAUGUCAUCAGCCGGAGGAGAGUCAUCCAGCUCUGAGCUCCAAGCAGGGGUCAAAAGCAGCACACUGAGGAGGGAGUCCAGGAGGACCAAAGGUCAGGACCGCAGUGAGGCGGGGCUGAUUAAGCGUUUCCGUGGUGAUGGCGUACGCUACAAGGCCAAGCUGAUCGGGAUUGAUGAGGUGACAGCGGCACGCGGGGACAAGCUGUGCCAGGACUCCAUGAUGAAGCUCAAGGGAAUGGCUUCGUCGGCACGCUCCAAAGGAGAACACAAGCAGAGAGUCUUCCUCACCAUCUCCUUUGGAGGGAUCAAGAUUUACGACGAGAGAUCAGGGGUUCUGCUGCAUCAUCACUCGGUGCAUGAGAUUUCCUACAUCGCCAAGGAUACCCGGGACCACCGGGCCUUUGGCUACGUCUGCGGGAAGGAAGGACACCACAGGUUUGUGGCCAUCAAGUCGGGCCAGUCGGCGGAGCCACUGAUCAUUGACCUGCGUGACCUCUUCACACUCAUCUACGACAUCAAGCAGCGCGAGGAGAUGGAAAAGAAGGCCCAGAAGGACAAACAGUGUGAGCAGGCCGUCUACCAGACUAUUCUGGAGGACGAGAUGGACGAUCCCGUUUACCAGUACAUUGUGUUUGAGGCUGGACAUGAGCCCCUCCGUGGCCACCAAUCAGAGGAGAGCGUUUACCAGGUUCCUACCGCUACCAGUCAGCAGAAGGGAGAAGGGAUCUAUGACGUUCCAAAACGCCAUUUCAUGACUAACAUCAACCACUGUGAUCUUUUCGGAGACAUGUCCACUCCCCCCUCGAUGCCCCCGUCCCCAGCCAACACUUUGGAUCCCAGCAGGUGCAACCGCCAGCCCCAGGCCCCCCCAGAGAUCUUCACGGGCCCUUUUAGUCCCACCUCUGUCCCCUCAGGGUACAUGACCAUGGGGCCAGUCCAGGCAGCCCAGUGGGCCCAGCAGGGAGCCUUCGCUGGUCAGGCCCAGACCCUGGCUUUUGGGGUUCAGGGGCCCCUCCAGGUGACCCAGGUCCUCCCAGGGGGCCAGCCUGUCAUAUGGAGCCAGGCCAACAUCUUCCCUGCCACCCAGCAGCAAUGGGCUGCCAUGGCUGCCUACAUGCCGGCCCAGACUGUGGGUGUGGGGGGCCACCACCUCCCCAUGAUGGUGCCCAUCACCACCGUCUGCCCCGGGCCCCAGGGGCCCCCCUGCGACUUCUCCUCCACCCCCUCCUCAGCCAUCACCAGCCCCCAGCAUCAGGCCACUGACCCCAUCCUGCUCCAGCAGCAGCACGGCCUAUGUGGGGACUCUGAGGCAGGCGUGGUGGUGGGCGCCAGGUGUGGCACUCCUGGGCCAAUGAGCCCCACUUCGAUGGGUCUGGGUGCCGUGGGCAGGUGUGAGACGCCCGUCGGCCUGGUCAUGAUGGCAAGGUGUGAGACUCCCGGCCUGGGUCCGGUGCCCCCUGACUCCCUGGUCUGCAGCCAGCUGGGUCCGGGUUCUCCGCUGGCUGUGACGUCACCUUCGGCUAUGAACCAGGAAGAGGAAGGCAGCUGUAGUGACCUCGACCUCUCUCGGAUGACCUUGAGUCCAGGCACGUCCACCUCGCCCUCCACGGACUCAGCGUCCACCCCAGCCCCCCAGCCCAGCUCAUCCUCAGACUCCGCCCCGUCCCAGACCAGUGACUCCGCCACAGACCACUCCCCUGUGGAAACCGAGGCCACACCCUCUAGUUGCAGGGACGAGGACUCUAUACACAGAUACCUGAAAAAACAUGCACACUGUUGUGUCAUCCCGUCUGUGUGUCAGUCCUGUCGGAGACUGUUCAGAUCUAGAAGUACCACCAUGCAGUCAGUAUCCAUGUUGAAGUCUGCAUUCUGCUCAUGCUGCUAUCUUGUUUCUACUGCACUGUGCUGCCUCCUACUCUGUGAUGUUGCCAUAGCGACAACCGGCAGCAGUGGCGAGGUGGCCAGUGGCAUCCGUGAGGCUCGUGCUGUAGGAACUCAGGCCUUCGUGGAGCCAGUGGACUGUGUCCAAUCAGAAUGGACUUCCUGGACACGCUGUGAUGUCUGCCAGAAGAAGAGGUAUCGUCAUAAUAAACUGAUCCAGCCCUCUCAGUUUGGUGGGGUACCUUGUCAUGUCCAAGGCAAGGAGGUGGAGACCUGUAGCCCUGCGUCUCGCUACGACUGUAAGCUUGAAGUGCCUCUGUGUGAAGGAUUCCUCUGCUCUUCCACAGGGCGCUGUGUGCCUGUCGGCCUGCGCUGUAACGGGGACGACGACUGCGGGGACCUCUCGGAUGAGAAGGGAUGUCAGAAGGUGAAAAAGGCCUGUAAGGAGGAGGUUCAGGAGUACUACGGCAUUGAGAACCUGGCCAAAGGGAUCAACAUACUAAACAGUAACUUGGAGGGAGUGGUCAUUGAUAACAGAUACUACGCGGGCAGUUGUUUGCCUCACUACAUCCAGGACGCAAGGUUCAGGAAGCCUUAUAACCUGCAGCAGUACACACUGGAGACCAAAGGCUCGUACGACUUCAAGCUGCAGUCUUUUGAGUCAUACUCUGAAUAUAUCGAUUAUACCUUGAAGGAGCGUACUUCCAAGACCACUGUAUCCAUGGGCUUUGCUGUGCCAGGCGUGUUCGAGUUUGGAUUCAACUAUGCUGACUCCAAAUACUCCAAAUCCGAGAAAAAGAUAAGGAGUUUCUCUGAGAAGAAAAACAGCUUUGUCUGGGCCAAGGCGGAGCUGGAACUGGCCCGAUACGUCCUGAAGUCGGAGGAUCUGAUGCUGCAUCCAGAGUUCCUCCAGCGUCUCCGUGCCCUGCCUCAGUCCUACGACUACGGGGAGUACAGGCAGAUCUACAGGGACUACGGCACGCAUUACAUCACAGAGGCCACCCUCGGAGGGGACUACGAUUACACCAUCGUCCUGGACAAACAGAAGCUGGAGAAGACAGAUUACUCCCUGGAAGCCUACAAGAACUGUGUGCAGUUCAGUCGGAAGGUGGGGGCAAACAUCCUGGGGGUGUAUGUGUCUGUGGGAAUCGAAGGAGGCGGAUGUGUUGGCCUGCUCAAUGAGAUGGGAGAGGACACAGUGGAGGGAAGCAUGGCUGAAGACUUUGUCUCAAUAGUUAGAGGGGGUGACAGCGAGUCCAUAACCGCGCUGGCUGCCCAGAGGCUGCCCACGCCACAACUGAUGAGACUGUGGGGAGAGGCAGUGCAUUACAACCCCGACUUCAUCCGCAGCACGACGCGGCCCAUUUAUGAGCUUGUGACCUCUAGAGACUUCUCCAACACUAACUCCUUGAAGAAGAACCUGAGGAGAGCCCUGGCAGACUACCUGGAGGAGAACAGCUCCUGCCGCUGUGCUCCCUGCCGCAACAACGGACGAGCAGUUCUUAAAGGGACCAGGUGUGAGUGUUUGUGUCCAACUGGCUACAGUGGCCUGGGUUGUGAGAUCACUCAACGACCAGAUAUAGCCAUAGAUGGCAACUGGAGCUGCUGGGGUUCGUGGUCACCCUGCAUGGGAAGGACUAAAACACGGAGCCGUGAGUGUAACAAUCCUGCACCGAGCAAUGGAGGCAUGCCCUGCAGAGGACUCCAGGAAGACACUUCUGACUGUUUCUGAUAUUGUCUGAUACUUGAGGAAAAUAAAGACCAUUCAUGAC